AUGGGAGACGAAAAAGUGAAAGUGGACCCGUCGGCCCCAUCCGUACCGGAAUACACUGUAGGCGACUUCAAUUCCACCACCAAACUAGCCGAGUCGCAGAUCAUCUCCGAUGCUGAAUACAAUCCCUUCGAGCAUCGACAAACCGAGAAGCCGAACAGUACGGCCGGUUCGCUGAUUCACCUGCUGAAGAGCUCCCUCGGUACGGGCAUUCUGGCCAUGCCGGUGGCGUUCAAAAAUGCCGGCCUACUGUUCGGUGCCAUCGGUACCAUCGUUAUUGGGCUGAUCUGUACACACUGCGUGCAUAUACUGGUGAGAACAUCGCACAUGAUCUGUCAAAGAACAAGGAUACCGGUGCUUGGAUUUGCCGAAACAGCUGAACGUGUCUUCCAGUAUGGACCAGCAAAGCUACGACCUCUGGCCGGCUUCUCAAAAGCCUUCGUGGACUAUGCGCUGAUGGCAACAUACUUCAGUGCCGGGUGCGUGUACAUCGUCUUCAUCGCAACGUCCUUCCACGACGUCAUCAACCACGAAACUGGUAACGAUUGGAGUGUACGGAUCUACAUUUUACUAACGAUGAUACCGAUCCUGCUGAUCGGGCAGAUCCGGGAACUCAAGUAUCUCGUACCGUUCUCGGCACUCGCCAACCUGUUCAUCGUGGUCACGUUCGGUAUCACGCUGUACUACAUCUUCAAGGAUUCUCUGGAGUUUGACGAUAAGCCAAUGUUUGCUUCAUUCGGCACGCUACCACUGUUUUUCAGUACCGUCAUUUUCGCCAUGGAAGGUAUCGGUGUAGUUAUGCCGGUUGAAAACUCCAUGGCCAAACCGCAACACUUUCUCGGAUGUCCUGGCGUGCUGAAUACGGCCAUGGGUACUGUGAUCGUGCUGUACGCCGUGAUUGGAUUCUUUGGCUAUGUGCGUUUCGGAGACGAGUCCAAGGGUAGCGUGACACUCAAUCUUCCACUGGAGGACACGUUGGCGGUAGUGGCACAGAUUCUAAUCGCCCUCGCUAUCCUGUUCACCUUCGGCCUACAGUUCUACGUGCCCAUGGAUAUUCUGUGGCGCAAGAUUCACGAUAAAAUUCCAAAGAACAAGCAGAUGAUCUCCCAGAUUGCCCUCCGUUCCGGUAUUAUGAUUCUGAUGGGUGGUGUCGGACUGGCCGUGCCUGAGCUCGAACCCUUCAUCGGUCUAGUCGGUGCCGUGUUCUUCUCUAGCCUCGGUCUGUUUGUACCGUGUGUCGUUGAAACCGUAUUCCUCUGGCCGAACGAGCUAGGUAAAUUCCGCUGGGUGCUCAUCAAGAACGUCAUCUUCGGCGCGUUCUCGAUCUUUGCGCUUGUGGCGGGUGCGUACGUCAGUAUAAAGGACAUCAUCGAGCUCUAUACCGAUGAUGACGAUCACACGGAGUAG